UAUACUGUUAAUCUCAUGCAUUGGUGGUCUUGCGUGUCCAGUUCUCGUGAAGCUUCAUGGCAGAAAGCAACUGAGAUGCUUGUGGAUGUUGCUAGUCAAGGGGAAACGAGUGGCUAUGAGAUGCCUUGCCUUAUCGUUGCCAAUAAGGAUGAUCUUGAUCCUUAUUUGACUGAAAUUCAAGAUUCGACACGGGUAAGCCAGGACAUGGGAAUAGAGACUCCUAUACCUGUCAGCGCGAAGCUAGGAGAUUUCAGUAAUUUAUUUCAAAGGAUUGCAAAUGCAGCCAUGAACCCUCAUAUGAGCAUUCCUGAAACUGCCGCAGGGAAAAGCCGUAAGCAGUAUCACAGGCUUGUCAAUCGUUCCCUCUUGUUUGUAUCAGGUACUUUGGUUACUGGCAUUAUAUUAUGUCCAUUUGGAUGUUGCAUUAUAUUAUGUCCAUUUGGAUGUCAAGGUCUGUUUUACAAAAAAUAUCUGAUUUUAUUCUUUUUUCAUGAUUACAGUAAGUAA